CGGCUCGGACGUUGUAGUUUCGAUGAGCUCUCAGAUUGCGGCUCUCCUGUUCUGACUGCAGCAGCUUCCGUCACUCAUGUAGCCGAACAUGGCCCCUGCCAGCCGGGCUGUUGCUGUGGUAGCGCUGUCGCUGCUCUACCUGUGCGGUGGGAUCAUUUCCACGGAGUUCUUCUCCACGCUCACGCUGUUCAACAACGAGCUCCACAAGCAGGGAUGCAGUUCGCUAUCCGAGUGGGAGGACUACGCUGCGGACUGCGAGUCUUCUGUUUUGCAGUUCGAGGAUCCAGACUGCCUGGAGGGAAGCAACCCACCCUGCGAGUCGGUUUUCUCCCUCAACGCUGAAAAAAUCCUGAACCAGGCCAAGUUGUUUAUAGAGCAAAAAAAAAUCCCCUUCCCUGUAGACAACCAAAACACCAAUGAGGAACUGGCCAUAUGCUACAUUCUGAUAGGAAACGGCCUUUAUGACGAGGCCAUUAAACAUUUCUCCCUCUUACUUCAGAGCGACCCGGAGUUGGUCAGCGCCAUCUACGGAAGAGGGAUAGCUUACGGCAAGAAAAGCCUGCAGGACAUAAAGAACGCAGACCUGGCGCUGUACGAGCUCAACCGGGUCAUCGCGCUCGAGCCGAACUGGCCCGAAGUCUAUGAGCAGAGAGCCGAGAUUUUGUCGCCUCUGGGUCGGAUCAGCGAGGCUCUGAGUGACCUCACCAAAGCCAUCCAGCUGCAGCCGUCAGCUCGCCUCUACAGGCACAGAGGAACUCUGCUCUUUAUUUCUGAGGAUUACGUUGCAGCCAUGGAGGACUUCCAGAGCUCCUUAGAGCUGAAGAAGAAUCAGCCCAUCGCCAUGCUCUAUAAGGGCCUCACCUUUUUUCACAGAGGAAUGCUGAAGGAAGCCAUCGAUUCAUUCAAAGAGGCUUUGAAGUUGAAGUCUGACUUCAUAGAUGCGUAUAAAAGCCUUGGACAGGCUUACAGAGAACUGGGAGAUUUUGAAUCAGCAAUGGAGAGUUUCCAGAAGGCCCUCAUGCUGAACCAGAACCACAUCCAGUCUCUGCAGCUCCGAGGCAUGAUGUUGUACCACCACGGCUCUCUGCAGGAGGCCAUCAGGAACUUCAAGAGAUGCCUCCAUUUGGGGCCCUAUAACGAGGUGUGUCAGUAUAUGAAAGGGUUGAGUCACGUGGCCAUGGGUCAGUUCUAUGAGGGCAUCAAAGCUCAGACUAAAGUCAUGCUGAACGACCCCCUGCUGGGACAAAAGGCCAGCUCCGAAUACCUCAAAGUGAAAUACCUCCGAGAGUAUUCCCGGUACCUGCAUUCCCACCUGGAUAUCCCUGUAGCGGAGUACAAUGUGGACCAGGACUUACCGGGAAAUUUUAAGAACCACUGGGCCAAAAACCUGCCGUUUUUAAUAGAGGAGUAUGAGGAACAGCCCGGCCUGCAGCCACAUAUAAAAGACGUUCUGCCUCAGAACUUCGACAGCUACAGCACCGAAGUCCAGAAGCUGAUCUGCACGGCCGACCAUCUGGGCUCGCUGAUGCAGUAUGACACGCCUGGGUUCCUACCAAACAAAAGAAUACACAGAGCGAUGGGGUUAGCGACGCUGGAGGUGAUGCAGGCGAUGCACCGGACGUGGAGCAGCUCCAAAGUGCGAGUUAACGGAAAGACCCGGCAAAUGCAGUGGAGAGACAUGUUUGACAUAGCCGUCAAAUGGAGGAGGAUCGCAGAUCCGGACCAGCCGGUUCUGUGGUUGGAUCAGAUGCCAGCCAGGAGCCUCAGUCGAGGCUUCAACAAUCACAUCAAUCUCAUCAGGGGUCAGAUUAUAAAUAUUAGAUACCUGGCCUACUUUGACAACAUCCUAGAGUUUAUUAAAGACAGAAUAUUAGUGUACCAUGGGGCGUACAACCCAAGAGGCCUCCUGGAGGUCCGCCAAGCACUUGAAAAUGUUAAUAAAGUAGAAGAUUUGCUGCCAAUAAUGAAGUUUAACAGUAAAACCAGAGAUGGAUUCACUGUGAACUCCAAGGUGCCGAGUGUGAAGGAUCCUGGGAAGGAGUACGACGGCUUCACCAUCACCAUCACCGGAGACAGGGUGGGGAACAUGUUGUUCUCUGUAGAAACCCAGACGACAGAGGAGCGGACGCAGCAGUACCAGUCAGAGAUCGAGAACAUCUACAAAGACCUGACAGUCAAAGGGAAGGCGCUGAUGCUGUCCACCGAGCUGGGGGACGCAGAUGCAGUGUGCAACCUGAUCCUCUCUCUGAUUUAUUACUUCUGCAACCUCAUGCCUCUAUCCAGAGGAUCCAGUGUGGUGGCGUAUUCGGUGGUGAUGGGGGCGCUGAUGGCCAGUGGGAAGGAGGUCAUUGGUAGAAUCCCAAAAGGAAAGUUGGUAGAUUUUGAAGCCAUGACAGCACCAAGUCCAGAAAGUUUCAGUAAAACAGCAAAGAGCUGGAUGAAUCUAAAAAGUUUACCCAGUUGGUACCGAAGUCUUCCGUCUGUAGCAGAGACCUUUCCGUCCAUCAGAACGAUGAUCGAGGUCCUCAACACAGACUCAUCUUCACAUUGUCCAAAGAAGUCUUAAAACAUCUUCCAAUGCUCAGAGAAAUCUGUCAAAUAAAGUCUUAACAACGGAGCUUCUGCACAAUAACAGUAAAGGGAUAAACUUCUAUAUCCCAAACAAAACAGGACUGAAAAGAUCCAAAAAUAUUCUAAAUUCAUACCAAAAAGUGAACCAUGACCUCAUUUUUGGAAUAUUAUCAGUCUUACCCUUAUAAGUAUUUGUUUACCAUCACUCUUUGCUUCAUAUUUAUUAUAACUUGACAUAUGACGUGCUUCAAAAUGAGCGACAGUCUUUGUAAAACAUAUUAGUUGCCACUUAAUAAUGAACACAAAGAUAGUUAAAGUUGAUAGUUAAAGUUCUGCUCUGGUUUGGAUCUUAUAGUUUAUUAAAUAAGUACUGCUGCCAGAUAGUAGUUUUAUUUGUUUUUACCUCAAUAUCAAGCUUUAAACAGAUCUUUCAGUUUUCACUGCAAAAGUACAAAAUUUUGUCAAGCAUUUUUGGUCUAAUUUGUAUCGAACCAUCUUAGUUCACCUGAAAUAAUAAUAAUAA